AUGCCCUUCAUGCAGCGCGUUAUCGAUAACGAAGCUUUGUGCUUCAAAGUGCUGACGAACAUAUAUGCAGAUGGACGUGGCGCGGGUACAUUGGCGAGCCUAUGUGCAACAUGUCGGUUGCUUCAGAAGAGAGGAAUGCCGAUAUUAUGGAAGAGCAUGAAAAGUCUUGUGCCCUUGCUCAAGCUACUCCCUCCUAAGAACUGGUACGAAGCGCAGGAAGACGAUGGGAGGAAUGUGUUGGAAACCUACAACGAUUCAAAUAUUACGCUGGCUAUAUUCGCCACUUUCAUUGGGAAGACACUGGUGACGUCGACUAUCCGUCACUAUGUUCAAUGCAUUGUCGGCCCUUUCAUCGAUCACGUGCAACUCGAACUCGUUGACCACGAUCCCGAAACAGUAUACGGCAUUGUCGCUGGAUUCGCUAGACUGGCCACUCUUACUCCAAUGUUUCAUGUCGAUGUUUCCCUUGAGUCAUCUACUCCGGGACCUCAUGCUCUCCGCGCCAUCUCAUUGCUCUCCCCAAUUGCCUCCGUUACGUCAGCUGGUCCGGGCUUCCGCAAUCUCCACACAUGGAAGCUUUCCAUCCCUACGGUCAACGAUGCAAAUAUCUUUUUGAAGAGCAUCUCAUGGAAGUGCCUUACAGAGCUUGAUAUCGAGCUACAGGAAGAGUCAGAUCUUUUCCCAAUCUUUGAUAUACUAUCCGAACGCCAUAUCGGCCUGCAGCAUCUAAGACUGGAGAUUCAUACAGGGAAGCGAAAAGACGACCAGCUUCGCUGCUCUGUGGAUCGCUACUCUCUCCGACCAUUACGAAAUUUGUGUGACCUCCUGACCCUAUCAAUCUGUGGCGGGCACAUCGACCUAGACCCCAUCGCAAUCAAGGAGAUUGCCGAGAACCUUCCGAAAUUACAGGUGCUGAGACUCCUUCCUCGACAUCCUGGCAGCCCGCCACUCCCGCUUUCUGCAAUGCAUUACUUGGCGGAACACUGUCCGGAGCUGACUAGAAUCGGGCUGCGUGUACAAGCGUGUUUCUUUGAACAUCUUGUUGUCGACCCUUUACUGGCCAAGCACCCCGAUAUAUGUUCCUUCCGCUCAAAAUCAAAGGUAACGGCCCUACGUUUUGACGACUCACCUAUAGACAGUCAGGCCUGCAUGAUCGAAACCGUCUUCGAGUUACUCAUAAAGUGGUUCCCUUGUUUAACUUGCGUUUUCGCUGAUUAUGGCGUAGUCCCCCGCGAGUCGACGAAUAGCUGGUCGAAGGUGACGAACCUCGUUGUCAAAUCUAUACCGGAGAGACAGAAGGCGUUGAUGACCGCGGCUUCUUCUGCUAGGCUUGCGUAG